AUGCUUCAGGAGCGAGUGCAGUUCCGUCCUCUCAUUGUCGAUACCCUGUUCUUGUUGAGUGCAAAGAUAGCUCAGAUUGGUCACAUUGACGACAAGGGAAGCGAGAAGGGACCUGCAUAUGUUGUCUGCAUCUUUCUUUGUUUGAGGGAUUUGACACUUCUUCUUGGGUCUUCGAUGGGUUGUGAACAUGGCCACUCGAGGCUGGCGGAAAAUGUCGGCUCCUAA